AUGGCGGAAUUGUAUGAUCAAUCGCGGAAUGACGCCUUACAGCGUCUCAACCAAACACUCCUCCAGAUCGACCCAUAUAUCCUACCUCCAUAUCCCAACCUAUCUAUCGUCGCCGGGCCAUUGGAUCCCCCACUACUCCAGUUGACCCUGUCGCAACUGCUUCGGAAACAGGUCGAUUGCUAUCCGGAGAAUGAAGCUGUUGUCAUUCCCUGGACUGGCGCACGGUGGACGUACCAGCAGCUAUGGGACGAGUCGAGCUUGCUAGCAAGAGCGUUGCUGAAAGAGGGUGUAAGACCGAGAGAUAGGAUAGGAAUCAUGAGCGGUAAUUGCGAAAAGUAUAUUGCAAUUUUCUUUGCAUGCGCAAGGGUAGGGGGCAUUUGUGUUACGCUCAACAACACGUAUACGGCGACAGAGAUGGAGUACGCGCUAAAACAUACAAAAUGUAGAGUACUCUUCACAACACCCACGAUCGCGCGCUUCGACAACGGACCAUUACUGCACAAGCUCAGCCAACCUGAUGUCACGUCCACACUACCAGACCUCAAGACUGUAUGUCUGAUCCGCGGCCAACACGACAGCUUCAUCAGCUACUCCUCCCUCAUCGAAGAAGCCCAAUAUAUCCCCGAGCAUAUCUUAGACAUCUUCGACGGCAUAAUAAGUCCCUACGACGUCGCAAACCUCCAAUUCACAAGUGGCAGCACCGGAAACCCAAAGGCUGCCAUGUUGACACACCACAAUUUGAUCAACAACUCGCGCUUCAUAGGGGAUCGCAUGGAUCUGACACCCAACGAUACCCUCUGCUGCCCGCCGCCCCUCUUCCAUUGCUUCGGUCUAACACUCGGUCUCCUCGCUUGCCUCACACACGGUGCCAAGAUUGUCUUCCCAGCCGAAUCCUUCGAUCCCGUCGCUUGCAUGCGUGCAAUUGACGCAGAACGCUGCACAGCCCUACAUGGUGUACCCGCCAUGAUGGAGUCUAUAAUGGAUGUCCCACGGCCGGAAGGAUGGACAAGUGAUCUCAGAACGGGGAUUGUGGCGGGCAGUCCAGUGCCAAAGUGGCUCAUGGAGCGCAUGGUCAAUGAGCUCAACAUGUCGGACUUUACAUCUUCGUACGGGCUCACGGAAGCGAGCCCUACUGUGUUCAACGCGCACACAAACGACUCGCUGCAUGCGCGGUUGACUACUGUUGGAACAGUAAUGCCUCAUGCGCGGGUAAAGAUAGUGGACCAUCAGGAUCGCAUCGUGCCAAUCGGUGUAAGGGGCGAGCUCUGCGUCGCGGGAUACCAAGUCUGUCGUGGAUACUGGGAGAAUGCUGAGAAGACGGCGGAACUUAUCGUGCGCGACGAGUAUGGCGAGCCUUGGCUACACACUGGUGACGAGGCAGUCUUGGAUGUAGAUGGAUACUGUACCAUCACCGGAAGGUUCAAAGAUAUCAUCAUCCGAGGAGGCGAAAACAUCUACCCCCUAGAAAUCGAAGAACGUCUCGUCGCACACCCAUCCAUCACCCGCGCCAUCGUUGUCGGCGUCUCACAUCCCCGUUACGUCGAGGUACCUGCUGCCUUCCUCCUACACGAGCCGAAUACAGACAAGCCAGAUUUAGCAGAAGUGCAGGCAUGGGUACGGAAAGUACUCGGCAGGCACAAAGCUCCUGUUCACAUCUUCUGGCUAGGAGAGGACUGUGACGCUGAAGUGCCGUUGACAGGUAGCGCUACGGCCAAGACGUCAGAUCCAAAACACUUCAUGUAUACCAGUGGAGAGACUGAUCCGGUAUGGAUACAUCACCUGCCUUACAAGAACAUUCCCAAGUUCCCCAAGCUUGAUAAGGACCUUGAGACAGACGUCUGCAUUGUUGGCGCUGGUAUCUCUGGUGUCUCAGUGGCCUACGAGCUAGUAACUCGUGGGCUGAACGUCGUCUUGAUCGAGGGCCGUGAGGUACUGUCAGGUGAAACUGGACGUACAAGCGGUCAUCUCGCUAAUGAUCUUGACGAUGGCUACACGGCGAUCGCGAAGAAGCACGGAGACAAAGGCGCAAAAGCUGCCGCAGAAUCACAUACUUGGGCAUUGAACCGCGUCGGCGAGAUCUCAAAGCAGCUGGGCAUUGAGUGCGAGUACCGCCAUCUCCCCGGCUACGACUUCUCUCAAUACCCAAAGGACUCGAAAGACCACGCGAGCGACAUCAAGGAGUUGAUUGAGGACGGCAACAAGGCGAAGGAGCUUGGCAUUGUGACAGAGUACAAGGAGGGGUUCAAGCUCAAGGGCUGGGAGGGCAGCAUUGAUCAGAGCGACGCUGUUAUCUACCCUCAGCAAGCGACAUUCCACCCCACCAAGUACGUCGUCGGUGUUCUCGACUUCCUCAAGCAGCAGCCCAACUUCUCGUGUUACACAAACACUCGAUGCAUUGAUGUGCAAGAGAAGGGUGUAGAGAUCAUGGGCCUGGGCCACAAAGACGUAUACGUUAAGACCGCUAACGGAAACACGAUCAAGUGUGCCGACGCCGUCGAAGCAACCUGCGUCCCACUACAGAAGUUAUCCGUUAUCGCCGAGGAGGAGUACUACCGCACCUACUGCAUCGCCAUCCGCGUACCCAAGGGCUCAGUCGAAGACGCCCUGAUCUACGAUUCGGCCGAAAUCUACAAGUACAUCCGCCUCACUGAGUGCGACUCAAACGAUGACUACAUGGUCGUAGGAGGCGGCGACCACAAAGUCGGCCAAGCUGACACUGUCGUACCCUUCAAAGAACUCGAAGAAUGGACCCGCGCCCGCUUCCCGCAAGCAACCACAAUUGACUACAAGUGGAGUGGUCAGGUCUUCGAGCCAGUCGAUCACAUGGCCUUCAUCGGCAAGAACCAAGGCAACAAACAUAUCUACAUCAUCACCGGUGACUCGGGCAACGGUCUCACUCAUGGUGUCCUGGCGGGUAAACUCAUCGCGGAUUCCAUAACUGAGCAACCCAACGACUGGAUCUCGGCUUACGAUCCCAAGCGUCUUGCUUCCAUUGCAAAAUCUGCUACCAGUAUGAUAAGCCACGACCUGCAAAUUAACGCACAGUACAAGCGCUUCGCCCAGUCAGAUAUUAAGGAUAUCGAAGAUCUUGUACCUGGCGAGGGUGGUGUUCUCAACACCAAUCCUACCAAGCCUCUGGCUGUAUAUAAGGACGAGGGCGGUCAGAUACACAAAUUCUCAGCGCUGUGUCCGCAUCUCAAGGGUGUGCUGCUCCGCCAGACUACACUCACUUCCUGUCGUGCCGACCACAGUGAAUUCGCCUCACCUUCUGUAGCAGACACAACAAACGAGAUAGACGAAAAGAAAUCUGGACUCAGGCUAUUGCCAGCGCAUUAUCUUCUCCCACCGACACACCCCAGCCCGUACGAGGGAAGCUUGGAGAGGAGCUUAGAUGCUAUCCAAGACUGGGGACGCCUCCACAUGUCCGUCAACGGGGUUACGCAAGGCAAGUCACCAUCCCUCGUCUGCUACGAACUAUAUGUGAGGCGUGACCUGAUCGAAGAGCUGCUCUUCCUACUCACGCGCACCCUUCUACCAGAGCAGAUCGUCGAGAAUAGAGGGCUGAUGGCGCGCCUUUACAACGCGAAGAAACAGCUCGCCAUGCGCCUGGCAUUGCGGUACGAUAUGUUGAGGGAAUGGAAGAUGGAAGCUGGGACGUAUCAUCGUGAUCAAGCGGUCACUGUAGCAUCGGAACCACCGCCAGAGCGAGUUGAAUCAUCAGCGCUCGCGGCCGUGAGCGAGGAUGUGGAAAGAAGAUUUCCCUUCCGACGUCCCCUCCUGCCGAAUAUCAUACCCACCUUGAUCGCAGCUCCGUCAGGCGGCUUCACGACACACGGCGUACGCGAGCGAAUGAAACACCACGUCACGGACUUAGACGCCUACCUUCUGUUGGAAGACGAAGAGGUGGCAGGGUGGAGCGGCUUGAAGUUAACAACUACCAUAAUCCAAGUUCUUCUGCAUUGGCAGUGGUUGAGGCAAAACAAUGCAGUGCUGGAUGAGAUGGAGGUCCACGGAUGGGAGGACUUGGAAGGCAAGGCCGAUGAGUCGGAGUGGAUCGCUGAGGAUGUGAAGAGAAAUAUUGUGGGUGGAGGAAAGAGGGAGGGCGGUGGUUCGAGAGUAGGAAUGAUGAGAUGA